UGAUCUCUAAGCUGCUGUUUUCCCCCUUCAAAAUAUGCUCCAACCGGAGAGCACUUUAUUGCUGGGCGCCUAUGUGAUUGCCAUUUUCGAUCUGCUCUGCGCUUCGCUCUUCGCCGGACUCUGUCUCAAUACGAUAUUUGAGCAUCUCAGUUGGCUGUCCAUAUUUGCCGUGGUAUUUGGCAUCUUUUGGGUCUCCAUGAUUUUUGUGCUCUUUCUGGGCAUUUAUGCGCGCAAUCCCAGAUGUCUGCGUGCCUGGAUCCGCUUCUCCAUGGGCGGCAUCCUGCUGGAAAUGUGUCUGCUGCUGUAUGCCGUUUUCCGCCAGAGUAAAUUCCAAAUUGGAUUGGUCAGAAAUGGACUGUUUCUUGUAGCGAGUUUGAUUGUGGAGCUUAUUUUCCUGUACACCAUCUGCCAGUUCUACAAGGCUCUGGCGCGCUGUAAAGUUUGUCAGAGACCGCUGGAAGUCAAAGGCAAACCGCGAUAA